AUGAGCUGUAUUGGAUAGGCACAACAAUAAGUGAGUGAGAAACUCAUUAAAACUGAUGGGGAUGAUUCAGAUACUCCAGUCCCUGAAUCGGACAAAGAUGAUCUCGGAUAAAUCUUGAACACUGAAGAAAGCAAGGGCAAACCCAUGAAGACCCUUAGAUUCAGUCUACAAAAUCAAGUGUGGAUUUUCGAUAGAGCCUCGAAACGACAUCAAUCCUACAAAUCACCCUCUCCACUAGCUAAAUAGUCUUCGCCGUCCAUACUCAAGAAUAAAAUCAAACAAAAAGUAACUAAAUAAUGA